GGGGCGGGGCCGCAACCGGUCACGUGGAUCCCCCGCCCCUAGCAACCGGGAGAGCGUCCCCCCCGAGAGGAGAGGAAGAUGGCGGAUCCCGGGGCCCUGAACCCCGAACAAGAGAGCCUGCUGGGGGCCUGGAAGAUCCAGACCCGGAUCGAUAAUGAGCGCUACCUCCGGAGCCACCAGGAAGUGCGCCUGCUGCUGUCUGCGUUUACACGGGAGGUUCUGCUCCACCGUCCCGAGAACAUCCGCCAGUUUGCGGCAGAUUAUUUCACGGACCCGAUGUUGGCGGCGAUGAUCCGGGAGAAGAUGAGCCGAUCCCAACCAGAGGAGGAGGAGUCUGACGGACAAUAUGGGGGAGGGGCACCCAGAGGAACACCCGCCCCCUUAGACCCGUGUACAUCUGUGCCUUCCCUGCUUCCCCCUCCCCCGUCAUCAACAUGUUAAUAAAUGUUUUAAAUAAAGCUUGUUUCCUUUA